CUACACAUGUCUUAUGUAUGUUCCAUUGUGGGGUUCGUGGGAGUCUUCAAUUUGGGCCUUGGGCAAAUACUUAGGUUUGUCUUCUCAAGUCAAGUGCUCCAAGUAUAUGUUCUUUCAAUUUCUAGAAGAUGCACUUGUUAUCGGAACUAGAGGUCGAAAGCUCUUUCAUUGGCACCCAAAGAAGUGGUGAUUAAGACUAUUAGAUUUGCCACUCCGAUGUACACAAUGUUUUCCUUCACAUUACUAUCUAUGAGCUGUCAUAGUUUAAAUAGUCAACGUGCUUAUUUUUUAUGAUCCAAUUAGGAUAAUAAUGAUGGGAUGCAUUGAAUUCUUGUAUAGCAGUGUGUAUCAAUAAGUUUUAGGGUGGGUUGUGCUUCCAAGAUUUUGACUUGUUCAAUGUGGCGGUUAUGGCCAAGCAACCUUGGUAGGUCCACAAGUCUCAUAAUUCCACCUUCGCUCAUAUGUAUAAGGAAAGGUAUCGCCCCGAUAUAACUCCCUUAAUGCUCAUGUGGGUAGCCAACCUUCAUGGGCAUGUCAGGGUGUCCUUGAAAGCAAGAUUCAUCUUAAGAAGGGGUUCCAGUGGCAGGGUUGCGGGACAACAAUCCAUUUCACAGACGCUUGGCUUCCCUCUUCCCCUCCUUCCUCACUAACGCUUCUGUCGGGGAUAUCACUUGUUAAUCCCUUUGUGACGUCACUCAUCCAUCCACUUACCAGAACAUGGAAUGGAAACUUUUUACGAGUCACAUUUACUGGUGACAAUGUGAAGUAGAUUGUAUCCAUCCCCUUCAUCCCCACAACUUGAUAGGCUUAUUUGGCAUUUUUCCAACAUCGGUCAUUACACUGUGAAGUUGGGGUAGGGUAUCAAUUACUUUCAAUGGCACAUAAUCCUUUAUUUGAUACUCUGCCUCCAACAUCUUGACUAGAAAUUUUUGAAGACUUUAUGGAAUCUGCUUAUACCUCCUAAGUUGAAGUUCUUCUAGUGGCGUGUUGUGCAAGGCUUCUUACCCUUUAGGGUGAUACUUCAGUCGAAAUCCUUGUGUUCCUCUAAUAUAUAUCCAGUGUGCUCGGAUGAUGCUAAAACUAUAUCUCAUUGUUUUUUCUCUUGCAAGAUUGCAUGGCCAUUAUGGUUGCUGAAGGAGCACAUCUGUCAGGUCAUUUGCAACCUUUCUCUUCACUUAGCCUGACAUAAUCUUUUAUUAUCCAUGCAGAUGUGUAAGGUUGUGAUUGCUUAUGUAGUAUUCUUAUAUUGGAGGUUAUGGAAGGGGUGUUGCUAGAUGACGUAUGAUCAUAUGCAGUAUUUACAGGGAACUUUCUUCCAAUUGUAUAGAGCUCAAGUAGAUGAAUGGCUUUCUUUAUAUUUUUGUGUUGUUUCAUAUAGCUUUCUUUCUUUUAGAUUUAUGCUCUUAGCCGACAUGCAUUAUUUUGAUUCGAUGUGAUUCAAUGCUUUCUUAUUAUUAACAUUGAUCUUCUCGGUUUAUGUUCUUCAAGUCAUAAUCGCGGUCUAAUAAACACAGUAUAACACAUUUAGAGUUAUAUGUUAUAGGAUGGAUGUAAAAAUCUCAUUUCCUCUUUUAGAAGUUUUAAAGAUGAAGGACUACAUAAGAACACCAAUACCUUACAUUUCAAUGAAAGCAAAACAAACUUAACAAACAAAUAGAACAAGAAAAAAUAAACACAUCGAAAGGAAACUACACUUUCGCUUGAUUAUAUAGUACUGAACAAAACUCUCAACUAAUACAUGGGGAAGCAAAUGUGAUUAGUGACACUCGUAGGAAAUAAAGAGAGGGUCUUCUUAAUAACCAAAUGAGCUAUCUUAUUAUUCUCAUACCCACGUACUAAACAAUAAAACUGCCUCAAAUGAAAGUCGUGGAAUCUCCCCUAGAAUCACAUCACCCUUACAUCUCUGAAAGUUCACUAGUUGACCUUGUCUAUUAUGACCUUUACAUCACCUUACAUAUGAACGUGUUAGAGCCCAUCUAACUACACCACCUAAAUUCAUCAUGCAAAGGAAUCAACUCCACCAACACUAGAUCCUAUAACAAGUAACAACGGAUGAAGAAAAUAUGGUGCCAUGACCAUCCCACCAGCCACAUCCAAAAUCACCAUCCCUCCUAAUUUGAACCCAUCGAAAAACCAACGAUUUGUCUGAAUUUAGGUACCAAAUUUUAUCGUAAAAAACCAACAAGCAAACAAACCUUGGAAUGGUGGGAAAGUAGGGAUGGAAAACGGGUGGGGCGGGCAUCUCACUACCCAAACCUGCUCCCCAUCAAGCACGGGCCAGGUUGGAUAAUAAUCAUGUAGGUACUGGCAGGCAGGUCUACUCAUUCUCACAUAUUAUUUGAAAAAAUAAAUGCAAAAAAGAUUUUCUUAUAUGAUAAAACAAAAGAAAAUACUUCACAAAUGAAAAGUAGUGAUGAUAUUAUUAUCAGUAAUUGAGUCCAAAUAAUUGAAAGAUAAAGCCUUGCAGCUAUUUAAAAUUUCAUCUAAUGAAACUAUGAUUAAGAUAUGAGAAAUAUAAAUAGAUAUCGAUGAAAAUUAAGAUAAGACAGGUAAAAGAUGAGAUAUGGUUGGACGGGACAAGUUGGAAGUAGUAACUUUUACCUUACCUCACGCGUUAUAGCAGGUCGAGUAAUACCCAUUCAGUACGAAUUAUGUCCGAUAAUUACCCGAGGUUCAAAUUGCUAUCGUUAGUGGGAGGUGGAUAAAGAUUAAAGAGUGUGAAUCUCAAGAUGAAUGGGUUUAAUGCGGGUAUGGUGACUGCAUGGCUGUCAUGUGCAGUGUAAGAGGGUGUGAGUGUGGGUUGAUGGUAGGGCUGGGAAACGGUGCGGUCUGGUCCAGACCAGACCAUAUAUACGGUCUAUGGAUGUCGUUGUAUGAGUUGGGAGGGUGAUCGAAUGGGCUAUUAACACGUAUUGACAAGUCGGUUGGGUCCACGGUUUGGCCCGGUAAACCACGGUCUAGACCAGACCAGGCUAAGAGAUCAAAACAUAAAAUAAACCAGACCAGACCAUACUUAACAGUCUACGGUCCAGACCAAACUGUGCGGUACGGUUUGGACCACGGUUUUUUUAACGGUCUGGUCUAUUCUCCCAGCCCUAGUUGAUGGUGAUCCAAUGGUAUUUCAAUUAAUUAAUUGCAAAACCCCUGGAUUUCAGGCUACUAAGUAUAUCGGAUUUAUCAUCCUAAUAUUCAUUAUCGUUAGAUAAAAUUCUAAAGUUUUUUUUUUAUAAAAUCAAUUUUCAAUGUUAAUCCCAGGCAUAAUCAUAAUAAUUAGAACUAUCGGUAAUACAUGAUGUCAUGAUGAGAUUGAGAUGUUUGCUGGCCCGGUAUCUUCUCAAGUUCGAUUCUCACAACUUACUAUCGUGAUGUACGUAAAUUUUUUGGUGACUCAAUCAUAAACCCUAAUUACUCGCUUUCAUCGAUUAAUUUGUUAGAUAUUCAAAGACACCACUAAUCGAAAUAGUGUCAGUGUAUACAAAACUAUGAGACUUUCACAAAAAUGACACUUACUUGAUUGAAUCCUUAUACCACAAAGGUGAAUUUCCUAUCGUAUUUGUUUAAAUGUGUGCAACCUUGCGGCUUGCAUUGUUUCCAUAACAAAUGUGAACAAAAUCAAGAAUGUGACGACGGCAAUUGAUAGGUGCGCUUUGGAAUUUCAUGCCAGUGGGACAGCAGCAGUCUAGCCAGCAGCGCUAGCGGGCUCUGCCGUCUCCUUCUCCGCCCUUCCCAAACAGACUCGCAAAACUGCAUUUGUCUUCUUCUUGUACAAUCAAUGGGAUGAGUGAAUCCUACUCAUAUGACAAAAUGUGCAAAAGAGAAAAGACAAAGAAAUAAUUGGGUCUUGGUCGUACGUAGCCAGCUACGUGCUACUACUAGAAGAUGAAUUCCAGUAUAAAUUCUUGCACAUUAUUGCAGGAACAAUGCUUUCUCUCGUGAGACACUCAACUCUCUCUAUUUGUCCGUUUUCUUUCUUCCACCCUGGGGAAAGGACCAAGUAAGAUCUAUGUAGGGUGGGAUUCAUGAUUUCCUCAUGCAACUAAUUUUGGGCCUUUUCACAAAAAAGUGCCAACACAGAGAGACAAACGUAAACCUGCUAGCAUAUGCGCUGCAACUAAGGUUACUUGCUGGCUCAAGAUAGGGUGCAUAACCAUGGGUUAUGCAUCCAUCAAUAACCAAAUUUGGACCCUUCAUUUAGAAAAUCCAGAUCUAAAGAUGGAGAAUUAACGAUCAUUUUUAUUUUUUCUAGCUUUCUUAAUCGGCUCAUAUCUUUUUCGUUUUAACUCGGAUUUUAAUUUUUUUUUUUUUUGCACAGGUGGAACGAGUUCAUCGUGCUCUACAAAAUGAGAUCAAUUUUCAAUAUUUUUUUAGAACAAAAUAUUCUGGCCUCUCGGUACCAACUGCAUACCAUAUGGUAUUUUCUUCAUUUUUAAUUCGUUUUUGAAAACGUUUGCACAGAAGGGACGAGUUCAUCAUGAUCUAUUGGAUCUACAAAUUUCUGGGUGAACAAAUUACAGGACCAAAAAAUACCACACAAUACCAUACAAUACCACCCUGGUACGGGGUGGUAUUGUAUGGUAUCUUCUUCGUUUUUAAUUCGUUUUUGAAAACAUUUGCACAGAAGGGAUGAGAUCAUCAUGAUCUAUUGGAUCUGCAAAUUUAUAGGUGAACAAAUUACAGGACCAAAAAAUACCACACAAUACCACCCUGGUACGGGUGGUAUCUUGUGGUAUACAAUGUUAAAAGUCGUAAAUGACAAUUAAUAUAUUUCUACUAUCAUGUAUUCAACCAUCCUAUAGUCUUGAUUUGUUCAUACCACCAUGGUACUUUUUUCAAACCAUAGGUAUGCUUUUAUUUCAAUACCAGUUAAUACCAUAUGGUAUAGACUGGUAAAAAAUGGCUCAAUUUUUUUUGUUCAAAAAUAUAUUAAAGUGGAUAUCAUUUUGAAGAGCACAAUUAAUCUGAUCUAACUGUGCAAAAAAAAUUAAAUUUCGACUUAAAAUGAGUGAGAAAUCAUCUGUCAAAGAUUAAAGAGUGGAAAAUUAAAGGCUUUCCAGGAGAGAAAGGAUGUUGAUGUCAUGCUGAUGUGGACGGGUUACUCAUGGUUACUCACCACAAGGUUACUCACCGGAUCUGCUCCCUUACUUGCUUCUCCAUCCAAGAACUGAUCAGUUGCGCAGGCUAUGGUCGGUCUUGAAAUCCUGGUGGACAAGGAUUUUGAUUUGUUGAAAUAUGUAAUUAUGGGUAGUUGAUUGUAAUUAACCAAUCGCCUAGGUGACCAUAAAUAUGUAGUUGUAAGCCUGUAACCCAGAAAACCCUAACGCAAAUAAGAGUUAUCCUUGGAGAAUUCUAGCUCCCGUGGACUAGUCAUGAUUCUCAGGGAAACUGCAUUACAUCCCCGUGUUCUUUAGAUUUCGUAUGCUAAUUUGACAUGGUAUUAUAGCCUCUCUACUCAUCCGUUUGGUGUUUCUUUGCAACAUGUUUGUCACAAUGUUUGGCAAUCAGCUUCUGCGAUGGUGGCGGCAGGUUCUUGCUUGCUGUGUUUGAAUUCUUGUUAGGAGGUUUGGCGCUGUGGUGGGUGCUCGUUUGAGGAAGUUUAUUUGACUAAGUCAUGCGGGUGUUGUUGUUUGUUUUUCAGGUGCGUGUAUUCGUUCUUCUCGGCGCCUGCUCUAUGAAUUUCUCAAAUCUCGACUCGGUCUCAAUCAAGUUUGACGGUAAGAAUUUUCCAUUGUGAGAGUUUCAAAUCCGAAACUUUGUUGCAGGGAAACGUUUUUGGGUGUUUUGACUGGAGAGAUUAAGGCUCCAACCAAUGUAGUUAAAAGCGAGUUUUUACGUAAAAACGGUUUGGUGAUCUAGAAGCGUAAAAUCGUAAGUCUUUAAGUUUUAAAGCAAGUUUUUAACGACAUAAGUUAUAAAAACAAAGAUUUUGCAUAGAAGCGUUUUAGUGACCUAGAAGCGUAAAAUCGUAAGUUUUUAAUCUUUAAAACACGACUUUGACUACAGUGGCUCCAACUGAUGAUGUGGCAGAGAAAAAACAUGCCGAUUGGGCGGCGUCUAACGCCCAUUUGAUUACAUGGCUUAUUGUGAGUGUUAAUGUUCCAACGGCGUUGGGUUUGAGUCGUUUUGCUACUGCAACUAAGAUAUGGGCGCAUAUCUUUCGUACUCACCCUCAAAAUAGUGUCUCGAGGUAGUUUGAGCUUGAGAUUGGUCGUUUAGUUCAAGGAGAUCGUGAUAUUCCUGGCUUCUAUUAGGCGAGUUUGCACUUGUCGACAGAAUAUAAUUUAUUAACUGCUUGUCUUGUAUCUGUCGCAAUUUUGAAGGAACGCAACCAAACUCAUGUAAUUCAAUUCCUUUUUAAUUUGCGCCAGGAGUUCGAAUCAAUCCGCGCUUCUAUAAUUCAUCGUGAAGUUACUACCAUGGAAGAGGUGUUAGGGGAGUUGCUUCGUUAAGAGACUCGCCUCAAAAGCCAACUCAAAAUCGACAAUAUCAACUCGACAGAAGUAGCAUUUACUGUGGGUUGAUCUGGUUCUUCCUCUCUACCAUAGUUCACUCGUCCACCUAUACCAUAUGUAACUUUUUUCAUGAGGGCGAGCAUCUUCGGAUCCACUGUAAGAAACAUUAUUUUUUCAAUUACUGGUCACAUUGUUUUGGAGUGUCCCACCUUAAGUUGUCAUGGCAAGCUGUGUCCUUCGUCGAGUGGCCAUCAACCUAAUUCGACCUAUGUUGUGACUGGUAGUGGGGAGUCUACUAAUGGCAAUAUUUCUUCCCCUUCGACGAGAAUGGCGGGAUCCUCUUCAUCACCUCCUUUCUCGUCGGAUCUGAUUCUUAAGCUGGUUCAGGAAGCGCUCCAAGAAGCUUUGCCAUCUUCCCUUGAUUCGGCUACUUUUAAUCAUAUGAAACCUGCUAUUACAUCGUUUAUCCACUUGCGUCCGUCUCCCAAUAUUCAACUUUAAGUAGAUAAUGGUGCAUGACUACCAGUGGCGGGUUGUGGUACUUCAUUGUUUGGAACAGCUAAUGGUGCAUCAAAGGACUAUGAAACAUAUAGGGGGAAGAAUUCUACCGGUAGCUAAUGUUGUCCGGGCCACAAGGAGCAAAGGGGGUUCAGCUUUAGGUGUAGAAGAUAGAUCUUCUUCUGCAGUUAGUUUGAUAGAUGAUAAGUUUAAGGAUUUUGAGACUAUGGAUUUGUUUGAAGAGGAAGUGGAUCAUCCGGAUGUUUUGUCACAUGUCUUUUUUUCAGUUUGUCCGUCAAGUUUUUCGGUUGAAGGAUCAAUUUGGGAUUUAUGGCAUUGCCAGUUAGAACAUUCUCACUCGGCUCGUUUAAUGUAUGUGUUUCGUCAGAACUUGUUACUAGAUAAAUAUGAUCCUACAUUUGUUACACAUUCACCCUGUGUUAGCUAUCUUGAGGCGAAAUAUCUCACAUUUUUUCUCAGUACCACUGUUUAUGAGCAUCCAUUUGAUCUCAUUGAUGGAGAUUUGUGGGCGCCUUCAUUAGUAACUUCGUGCUUGGGAUUUUGUUACUUUGCACUGCUUAUUGAUCAUGCUACACGUUUUUCUUGGGUUCAUUUUCUACGCCAGAAGUGUGAAUUGGUGACUUUUGCUAAAGAGUUUGUUCAAAUGAUCAAAACACAGUUUGCAAAGACAAUCAAAGUUCUGCAGUAUGAUCCAGGUGGAAAUUUACGUUCAAUAAGUUACUUGUGUAUUAUAAAAAGUGAAGGAAUUCUUCCCUAGUAAUCACUAGUCCACAAGUUUCUUAGCAAAAUGGUGUUGUCGAACGCAAGCAUCGACAGGUUCUUGAGCUCACUCGAGAGGUUUUGCUUCACUAUCGUGUUCCCAAUCAAUUAUGGGUUGGAGCUAUUCAGACUGUUUUGUACCUGAUGAAGAUCACUCCUUUGUUGGGUUUGUGUUCCGCAUAUUAGAUUUUGUAUGUUAAGAUGCCUGACUAUUCUUCUUUGUGGGUGUUUGGAUGUAUUUGCUUUGUGUUGCUACCUCGCAAAGAAUGACAUAAACAGGCUUCGAAGAUGACUCACUAUGUGUUUGUUGGUUGCAUUGCUAAGCAUAAAGACUAUCUAUGUUAUGAUAUAUUGGAUCGUCGUACGCACAUUGCUUAUCAUGUAGUCUUUCUUGAGCAGGUUAUGUACUCCUCAGUGAAUCAGGAUGACCUACUUGCUAAGGAGUCUUUGGAUUUCCUUGCUCCGCUGCCAUCUUUUGGAUCCAACGUACCCCAUGGGCCUCAUGCAACUACAUCGGGCAAAGCUUCCUCCACAUCCGCAUCUUCUUCUUUCAAUAUCCUCUUCAUUAGCAUCAUCUUCGUCCGACUCUAGUUCUCCCUCUUCACUAGGUUAUGGGUCUGCUUCCUUUAUCAGUUCAGGUUCUUCUUCUACCUCCAACAGGUAGGGUGGUUUCAUGUCGGCCAAUAGUGGUUCUCGGUCUCCUAUGUCCUCGAAGAAACUGAGUACGUCUCUUUUCCCAUCCAUGGUUCCUCUUUGACAUUCAACGCGAGCAACCCUUGGACAGCCUCCAACUCGCAUGCAAGAUUAUGUGGGCUUCUCCACUACAUCCACUGGCAUCCCGUCUAGUUAUUCCAAAGCUAAGGGUGACCCACGAUGAGAGGGAUAAAUGACAAAAAAGGUGGAUGCACUAGAAGCGAAUCAAACUUACGAUCUUGUUCCACGGACGGAGGAUAUGUCGGAGAUUGGCCGUUGUUGGAUAUAUUCUGUGAAGAUGCUUUCAGAUGGUACUCUAGAACAAUUUAAGGAAAGGGUGGUAACUCAAGGUUUUCAGCAGAAAAUGGUAUUGACUAUGAAGAAACAUUUUCCCCGGUUGUAAAAAUACAAACAAUUCGCUGUGUUUUUGCAGUGGCGACAAUGAAGGGGUGGUCAUUGAUUUAGUUAGACAUGAAGAAUGUUUUUCUUCAUGGGGAUCUGAAGGAGACUAUUUAUAAGGAACGACCUCCAGGAUGUUCCAAGGGUGAUUCAAGUAUGGUUUGUAAGCUGGUACGAUCAUUAUAUGGGCUCAAGCAGGCACUUCAUGCCUAGUUUGUGAAUCUUCAUGGAACCAUUGUUCAUCAAGGGUUUUUUAGAGUCCAAACAUUCCUCUUUGUUUAUCCGCCGAAUGGUAGAUGGGAUUAUCAUUUUAUUGAUCUAUGUGGACGAUAUAAUGAGUACUAGGAGUGAUGUAGAGGGAAUCAAAGAGUUAAAAGUGUCAUUGGUCCUUUAAUCUUAUAGACCAGGGGAAUGUCGAGUAUUUCCUUGGGCUAUUAGUACAUCAUUCGAUUCAUGGUUUGUUCGUUUCUCAUAAGAAGUACAUCAAGGAUUUGUUAGACACGAUGCAAUACAGUAAGUGUAUCCCGUGCUCGACGCCCAUGGAAUAUAACUUACGACUUACCUGAGAGAGCGAAGAUCUCUUAGAGGAUCAAUCAACCUACCACAUCCUGGUAGGUAGUUUAAUCUACCUUACACGUACUCGUCUAGACAUUUCCUAUGCAGUGCAGGUGGUGAGUAAGUGUAUGUGGAUGGUAAGAACUAUGCAUCUGGAUGCGAUACACAGGUUACUAAGAUACUUGAAACAAACUUAGGAGGUUGGAAUGUUCUUCCCUGUGUCUGGUGAACCGGUGAUAGAAGCUUUUGCGGAUGCAGACCAUACACGAUGCAAGGAUACUCGACGAUAUACUUAUGGAUGGUGUAUAAGGGUAGGUAGAUCGUUUGUUUCUUGGAGGUUUCAGAAACAGGAUCGAGUGUCAAAGUUAUUGAUAGAGGAGGAAUAUUGAUCUAUGUCUGAGGUUAGCUCUGAGAUGGAGUGGUUACAUCGGUUACUUGGUGAAUUGGACAUGGUAUGUCAUCGUCAUAUGAGGAUCUAUGAAGACGAUACGAGUGUGAUACAAAUUGUUAUUGAUUAGGUGUUUCAUGAUAGGAUAAUACAUAUUGAGGUACAUGUUCACUACAUUUGGCAGCUGAUUGCAGAGGGUACGUUACAUUAAGUAUCUUUCUACAGAGGAUCAGACUGCAGACAUCCUCACUAAGGCGUUAGCUUCCAGUAGACAUUGGUUCCUCUCAUCCAAAGUGAUGUUACACAUACAACAUCAAUAAGAGGGAGGGUGUUGAAAUAUGUAAUUAUGUGUACUCGAUUGUAAUUAGCCAACCGCCUAUGAAACUAUAAAAGUGUAGAUUGUAACCUAGAAAACCCGAAUGCGAAUAAGAGUUUAUCCUUGGAUAGUUCUAGUUAUCCCGUGGACUAGACCUGAUUCUAAGCAAAACCACGUUAGGUCCUCGUUUUCUUUAGAUUUCGUUUGCUAAAUUGACACGAUUCCCAUUCCAACUUGGAUUAUGAAUGUAAGGUUCAUUGUCAGAGUUGUGCCAGGACAACCUGCAUGCUUUUGUCCUUUAGAAGGGCCACGUCUAGAAGGAAGUUGAGGACUAUUUUUACAAUAAUUGUUAUUACCAUAACCUCUAAAAUUAUCGUCGAAAGCCCUUAUUGUCAAUUUUGUUGGUACCCCUACCCCACAACAUAAGAAGUUUGGAUGUUGUCAAAAUCAAUGUAGUUUCUUCCUUCAUAGUUUCAUCUCCACACCAAUAACAAUAAAAUAUUGCUUCAAUAUGUGUUUUUGUGCUCAGUUCGUAUUCUCAUUCAUAUGCAAUUGUAAUGUAGCAUAGUGAUCUUCAUGCCCUUGCCAAUUUUACUGGAAAAGAAGCAGCCCUCCUAAACUUGUUUGUGGAUUUUGCAACAAUAGUGGCAAAUAUCUUCUUUGUUGCUUGUUUGACAAGAAUGAUGGUGUGUAUGUCUAACACCCUGCAUAAUCCAAUGCAAGUUGCAUUGAUCUAAAGAUUGAUAGAGGGAAUAAUGAAGGGGAGCUCUCAUUGGCUAUAAAAUUAAUUUAUUGAUUUGAUCUAUUUUAAAUUUUAAGUUUUAGUCACAAGAAUGAAGGCUCAAACUCUCCUCAGGCAUCAUCAAGUAUGCGUGCUAUGAAUGAUUGGUUAAUAGGGUUGGAAGUGGAGGAGCAUAAAUCUACAUGGCCUUGGUUUACAUGGCUUAACAAGCAGUCAGGUAACCUCAUUGCUCGUAGAUGGGAUAGGGCUUUUGUGAACUUAGCUUGGCUAGAUUCUUUCAAAGAGAGUGCUGUUCAUAUGCAAACUCCUGGAGUUUUGGAUCAUUGUCCUGUGUUUGUUCAGACAGAGGUGUCGUUAAAAUAACUUCCAAAAACUUUUAAGUUCUUCAAUUUCUGGGUGAAACACCUUAGAUUUGAGCCCCUUUUAAAGGAAGUCUGGAGCACUGAGGUUACUGAUCCCCCUCUCAUCGAAAUUUGUAAGAAACUCAGAAUAUUAAAGGGUUUGCUUAGACAGUUGAAUAGAGAAAUGUUCUCGCACAUAAGGGGUAGAAUUAUUGAGAAGGAGGCAUAACUGAAGCAUGUACAACAAGAGGCCCUCUUGUGUCUUUAUGGUAAUUUUUUUAAAGAGGAAUCGUGAAUACAAUAGGAGUUGUUUUCCUUACUUAAGGAUAAGAAAGUUUUGUCAGACAGAGGCCAAGAGAUCUUUGGCUAAAAGCUAGGGAUUUGAAUUUUGGUUAUUUUCAUCGCUCUAUAUGAACGAGGCAGAAGAGAAACGCAAUCACUUCUUUGUUGGAUCCUUAUGGGAAGAGGGUAUCUGAUAUUGAAGGGAUGUGUGAAAUGGCACUAGAAUUCUACUAGAAGUUGAUGGGAAGUACUAACAGUGGAGUUGAUGAGGCUUCUGUGUCUUUUAUUGAGGGUUUACUCAAUAAGGUUAAGCUCAGAGCAUAUUGGUCCUUUAUGCAAUCCCAUCACAUCAGAGGAGAUAAACAAUGUUAUUUUUGCUAUGAAUGGUGAUAAAAGCCCCAGUCCUUAUGGCUUUAAUUCUUAUUUCUUUCAAGCAACUUGGCAUGUGGUAGGGAAAGAGAUUAAAACAAGGUUUAAUACACUUGUAUAUCCAAAAAUUCCACGGUUGUACCAAUAAUAUCCAAAUUUCUCGAAAUACCACUUAUAUCCAUGUUUUAAAGUUGUUCUUUGCCAAAUCUAUCCAUUUCUCAAUAUAUUUUUGGUUAAAUACACUUGUAUAUCCAAAAACACCGUUAAAGAAUGUGAAGGAAUUGGGUAUAAGUGGUAUUUCGGGAAAUUUGGAUAUUAUUGGCACAAUCGUGAAAGUUUUGGAUAUACAAGUGUAUUUAACCUUAAAACAACUAUAAAACAUUGCUUUAACACUAAAUAAAAGAAUCAUCAGAGAAGCCAAUGCUACAAUCGUGGCACUCAUACCUAAAAUUGAUUGGUCUAACGAUAUGAAGAAUUUCCGGCCUAUUUCCUGCUGCAACAUUAUCUACAAAUGCAUCUCGUUAAGUCCUCUACUUUCUUCACUUAUUAGUAAAAAAUGGACAACGUUAAUAAAAGGGAAGAGUUAUUGGUGAAAAUAUCUUGCUAGCACAUGAACUAGUCCAUAAGUAUUCCCAAAAAAUGAUUUCUAGUAGGUCUGUCAUACAGAUUGAUUUGAUGAAAGCUUUUGAUUCUGUAAACUGACAAUUUUUCUUCACUGUCCUUAUGGCUAUGAGUUUCCCAAAGGGGUUAAUUGGUUGGAUUCGAAUGUGUAUUGGUUCACCCAUGUUGAGUGUGGGGUUUGAUGGGGGGCUAGCUAGUACUUCCCUGCAUGUCAGGGUCUGAGGUAAGAUGACCCAUUAUCUCCCUAACUGUUUUUUAUUGCAAUAGAAGUGUUUUCGUGCGUAUUGGAUCAUACAACUAAGAAUGCGAGAUUUUCUUAUCACCCAAUAUGUAAGAAAUUAGUAUCACUCAUCUAGCUUUUGCUGAUGAUUUACUUGUUUUUUCUGGUGGAUCAAAUUAUGGGAUCAAAAGUGUUCAGAGGGCCUUGGAACAGUUAAGGAAGUUGUCAGGGCUUAGAACUAAUCCUAAGAAGUGUGAAUUAUACCUGGGAGGUUUGGAUAAGGGGAGAAAGAAGCAAUGGCUGCUAGAUAUUGUUAUCAAUUAGGGAAAUUCCCAGUUAGAUAUAUGGGAGUGCCUUCAACUGCAGGGAAACUAACUGUUGUUUCAUGUAAACCACUCAUUGAUCGCAUUUACAGCAAAAAUUCGGGUUGGAAGGCAAGAACAAUGAAUUAUGCAGGCAAGGUUGAGCUAGUGGGAACUGUGAUAUACAACUUAACUCAAUAUUGGCUUAACAUCUCCGUGACCCAAGUGUGUUAUAAGGGAGAUUGAAAAGAUUUGCAGUAAUUUUCUUUGGGAUGUGGGUGAAGGAGUCAGACUUAGAGCAAAAGUGGAUUGGAAACACCUAACAUUUCCUAAGUCUGAGGGAGGUUUAGGGUUGAGAGACAUUACUUCUUGGAAUUAUGCAUGCAUUACAAGGCAUAUUUAGGCUAUACUGCUACAACAUGAGUCUUUAUGGGUAGCUUGUGUGUUGGCUUAUAAGAUAAAGGGAAGAGACUUCUGGUCUUUACAUGCUCCUACGGGCUCUUGGAACUGUAGGAAGCUAAUGAAGAUUAGAGGCAAAAUCCCUCACCUUUUCACAGUGCGCAAUGCAGAGGUAUAUUGGAAUCACUCACUUAUGGCAAAGUAUUUGAUUAGGAAAAUUCCGAAUACUGUGAGAACAAAAAAGGAGAAGGUGAGUUGGGCUGAUUUACUUUGGAAGGAGUUGGCUAUACCACGAAAUAGAUUCCUUGUCUGGCUCAUCAUUAAUAAUAGAAUUCAGACUAAAGACAAGAUGAUCAAGUGGGGGUAUCAAGGUUCUCUUGUGUGUGUGUUGUAACUAGGGUCUUGAGGCCAGAGACCAUCUAUAUGGAGAAUGUGAUUAUUCCCAUUCGGUGUUUAGAGGGUUGUUUGGCCAAUUUACAUCUUGGCGCCAAUCUGAUUAGGAUGCAGGGUUGUUGUGGGCAAUUCAGCAUUUUGGCAGAGAUGACAUUGGUUGUGUUGCAAGCAGGUUGAUUUGGCAGUCGAUGGUGAGUCGUUUUUGGAGAGAACGUUGCACAAGAAUGUAUGGGAUCCAGAGUGUUUAGAGGGUCUUGGAACAGUUUAAGAAUUUGUCAGGGCUUAGAACUAAUCCUCAGAAGUGUGAAUCAUACAUGGGAGGUUUGGAUAAGGGGAGAAAGAAGCUAUGGUUGCUAGGUAUGGUUAUUAGUAAGGGAAAUUCUCAUUUAUAUAUUUGGGAGUGCCUUUAAUUGCAGGUAAACUAACUGUUGCUGCAUGUAAACCACUCAUUGAUUGCAUUACAACAAAAAUUCAGGGAUGUAAGUUAAGAACAUUAAAUUAUGCAGGCAAGGUUGAGCUAGUAGGAACUGUGAUAUACAACCUAACUCAAUAUUGGCUUAACAUCUUCGUGUUACCCAAGUGUGUUAUAAUGGAGAUUAAAAACAUUUACAGUAAUUUUCUUUGGGAUGUGGGUUAAGGAUUCAGACUUAGAGCAAAAGUGGCUUGUAAACACCUGACAUUUCCUAAGUCUGAGGGAGGUUUAGGGUUGAUAGACAUUACUUCUUGUAAUUAUGCAUGCAUUACAAGGCAGAUUUUGGGCUAUACUACUACAACAUGGUUCUUUAUGGGUAGCUUGGAUGUUGGCUUAUAAGAUAAAGGGAAGAGACUUCUGGUCUUUACAUGCUCCUACAUGCUCUUGGAACUAGAGGAAGCUAAUGAUGAUUUGAGGUAAAAUACCUCACCUUUUCACAGUGCAGAGGUAUACUGGAAUCACUCACUUAUGGCAAAGUAAUCAAUUAGAAAAUUUUGG